AUGCCAGGCUCAAGCAGCAUACAGCCUUUUCAGAUCAGGAAAGAGACGUCCUCUGCGAAUAUGGCUGUCCUUCGUUUGGCCUGCGCACUGCUGCUCCUUUUCUACUUCGAGAAGGCUUGCGCCAUCAGAGACCGCCAUGUCUCGGAAGUGCAAUGCAAUGAGAAGUUGGCCGUCGCCGCCGCGAAGCAACACUUCAUGAUCGAGGUGAAGAAGAUGCCAGCUACCACCAAAGCCUUGUGCAACUGGGCCACGAAUGGACAAAAUCCAGAUGCCAGGGAGGAGGCGCUGACCUACAUGCGCAACGAGCUAGAGUCAGACAAGCACCAGGUGACUGGGUGCACCCAAGAGAUGUUGGAGAAAGGCUUGGACAAGUAUUGUGAGUCUGUGAAGCAGUCAAAGAAGUGA